AUGAAUAAUACACCCUUUUCAGCUGCAGCCAGGAAUUCACGGCAAAUUAAAGUUUGUGAAGGGGACCUCUUUGAUGGCGUUGCUGGAUACGAGGCCAAACCCAGGGAAAAUGACCACAAAACGAAUGUGAAUGUAAAGUCGACUAUAAAUCGCAAUAAAGGGCCCUCAAAAUUAGAAGAAUCCUACACCAUCAGGCUGUCAGCCCUGCAGCCGAGGUCGCCUCCAAAUGAUGGUUAUGCUGCAAAAAAACUCUUCCGCUCACACGCCGUCUCCCCACCCACUUUGGCCUACAUCUUCUCCAACCCACCCACCUCUUCACCUGGUGCAGAUUCUGAAAAAGGCGAUACUUUACAACACUGCGAAAGCCCAAAUGAGGGCACGUCAAACACCGUUGAGGUUGUUGGGCUCAAGAAUGGCACAUGA